UCAUAGGGAGCGGCCGCCCCUCGCGCCGGCGCCUAGGUGACGUAGUCAGGAUGCGUCCUGCUUCUGCCGUCGAAGCUGUCUGCUAAGCGGCACGGCGAAGCCAUGUGCGAGAUGUCUGAGGAGUACCGGGAGUCCGCCCCCAAGGGGCCGCCGCAGCCACGGCUUGGAACCCAGGAUCAAAAGUGUGUGAAGUGCAAGGAAGGCCUGCCUGUGGUGGUGAUCCGGGCUGGAGACGCCUUCUGCAGGGACUGUUUCAAGGCGUUGUACAUCCACAAGUUCAGAGCCAUGCUAGGGAAGAACCGGCUGAUCUUCCCAGGAGAGAAGGUGCUCUUGGCGUGGUCUGGGGGGGCUUCAUCCAGCUCCAUGGUCUGGCAGGUCCUUGAGGGCCUGAGUCGAGAUUCUGCCAAGAGGCUGCGUUUCGUGCCAGGGGUUGUCUACGUUGAUGAGGGAGCUGCCUGCAGCCAGAGCCCCGAGAACAGAGCUAAAACCCUGGCAGAGGUGAAGCUGGUCCUGCAGACCACUGGCUUCCCAUGGCACAUUGUGGCCUUGGAAGAGGUGUUCAGCCUGCCACCCUCCGUGCUGCGCUUCGCUGCCCAGGAGCCAGCGGGGACGGAGGGAGCCUACAAGGCUGCCGUGGACAGUUUCCUGCAGCAGCAGCACGCGCUGGGGGCUGACGGGGUGGAGCGGAAGAGCCAGCACUGCUCCCAGGAUCCCCACAGCCACACUGGGCCACCCACGACCGCCCAGACCCAGGCGCUGUCCAGGUUGUUUGACUCGGUGAAGACGCUGACAGCCAAGGAGGAGCUUCUGCAGACUCUGCGGACCCACUUGAUUCUCCACGUGGCCCGGAACCACGGCUACUCCAAAGUCAUGACGGGGGACAGCUGCACCCGCCUGGCCAUCAAGCUCAUGACCAGCCUGGCACUGGGGAGAGGGGCCUUCCUCGCCUGGGACACGGGCUUCUCAGACGAGCGACACGGUGAUGUGGUGGUGGUACGGCCUAUGCGUGAGCACACGCUGAAGGAGGUCGCCUUCUACAACCACCUGUUUGCUGUGCCCUCCAUUUGCACGCCAGCCCUGGACACCAAGGCACCCGAGAAGGCCAGCAUCCACCGGCUGAUGGAAGCCUUCAUCCUCAGACUGCAGGCCCAGUUCCCCUCCACGAUCAGCACCGUGUACAGGACAAGCGAGAAGCUGAUCAAGGCCCCCAGGGACGGCUGUGCCGCUGGCCCCCGCUGCCUGCUCUGCAUGUGCACACUGGACGUCGACACUGCCGACAGCGCCACGGCUUUUGGGGCUCAGACCUCACAUCUCCCCCAGAUGCAGCCCCCUGUCGCACAGGCCGGGGCGGCUGCCGGGCCCUGCUGCUGUGCCGGGAUGGGUGGGGCCCCUGGCUGCUGCAGAGAGGACCCCCGGGCCCAGGUGAUGGAGCAGCUGUGCUACGGCUGCCGUGUGAACAUGAAGGACUUGCCCUCCUUGGAGCCCUUGCCACCCUACAUCCUGUCCGAGGCCCAGCUCCGCAGCCAGAGUUCCCCCAGGGCCACGGUCGAGCAGGAGGUCCGAGAGUACCUGCUGGGGGACAGCGAAGACGAGACCGGGACUGGUGAGAGCUGAGCUCGCGGACCAGCGCCUGGGACAGGAGACCCCCGGGAGCAGGAAGACAGGAAGAUGUCCUGGCAGAGCUUGAGGAUGCGGUCCACACACGGCAGCUCCUCGAACAUGAUGGAGUGCGAGAUCUCGCUGAAGAAGCCGCGCACGAACUUACCGAUGACCAGCACGAUGGACACAUACAGCCCCA